AUGCCGUUUCCUUUCCUUCUUAUUUGCGACCUUUUAGAACAGGCUCAUAGACAAUGCAAUUCCGAUCCUACCAAGGUCAACGAACGCGUGACCAACUGGUUCAAGCAACACCGCCAUCGGAUCGACGACUCAGGAAACAGUGCCUCCGCUCUAUUUUCUACGCUCCUACCGGAGAAGCGUACUGAUCGUGUAUACGGCAUUCAGGCCGACACGCUAUGUGGCAUCGUCGGACGGGUGCUGAUCCUCGGCCAGUCGCGUGUGAAAGACAUGAAGCGGUUCAAAGAGCCCGGCCUAGGGCUGGAUCUGGCUGAUUGUAUCGAGAACAUUUUCAAAGAAACACCGAGCCCAUGCUACAACGCUGCGAAUCCUAUUACUGUUGAGGAGAUCGACACAACUCUCAAUAGCCUCGCCGCCAGGUGCAGAUUCAGUUCUCCUGCAGUUCAGGCAUCGCAGCUCCGACCGAGCAGCGCGCGCGACCGAGAUGAGCUUCUUUCCAGCUUGUACCUUCGCCUGAACGCCAGGGAAGCCAAGUGGCUGACUCGUCUCAUCCUCAAAAACUACCAGCCUGUCGUAUUCGACCCCAGACACGUCUAUUACAGCUACGAUCCGUUGCUCCCUAUGAUUCUAAGAGUCCAAGAUGACUUCUCCGCGGCUCUGUCUCUUCGUCAAAAGUUGAGGAACGACCCUUAUCUCCGCGACGAGACAGGACGAAAAAGACGCGAGAAUUUGUUGAAGCAUCUGACGCCUGUUCUGGGUGUCAAGGUGGGGAGACAGUCGUGGCUCAAGGGACGCAGCAUCAAACACUGCAUGAAAAUCGGCCAUGGUCAGAUGAGUUGUGAAAAGAAGGUUGAUGGGGAAUAUUGCCAGAUCCACAUAGAUCUGAGCAAGGGAUACAAGUGUAUUCAGAUCUUUUCCAAGAGCGGCAAAGACAGCACAUCAGAUCGCGCAGCAUUGCAUGGGGCAAUUCGCGAUUCCCUCAACAUCGGAAAGCUCGACUGCAAGUUUUCAAAGGGAUGCAUUCUAGAGGGCGAGCUAGUCGUCUACAGUGAUAAAGAACAAAAGAUUCUUCCAUUUCAUAAGAUACGAAAAUAUGUGUCUCGGUCUGGGAGCUUUCUGCACACAGAGGCCGACUCACAACGACAUCACUACGAGCACUUGAUGAUCGUCUACUACGACGUCCUUCUUGUUGACGGAGAAUCACUGCUUGGAGUCCGGCACAGCGAGCGGUUCAAGCGUCUGACUGAUUUGGUCACCUGCCGAGAGGGAUUCGCUGAGCUGGUAGAACGCCAAGUUAUUUCCUUCAGCCAGCCCAUGGCUGCAUCCCACUUGAGAAAGGCAUUCGCCAAGUCGAUAACAGCACGAGAUGAAGGCUUGGUCUUGAAGCCCGACGACCCCUACUUCGACUUCAGUGAAAAUCGUCGCCCAUUUUCCGGUUGCCCCAUCAAGCUAAAGAAGGAGUACAUUGGCAGCUUUGGUGAUGUGGGCGACUUUGCUGUGGUGGCAGCUCGUUACGACCCGGACAAAGCCAAAUGCUACAGCAUCCCGAAUCUCAAGUGGACACACUUCUACCUUGGUUGUCUCGACAACAAAGAAGAUGUUCAGAGGUUUCAGGCCAGACCAAGAUUCACAGUGGUUCACCAGGUAGAGCUGGACGAGACCAUGCUCAAGACGGUGGUGACCUAUGGCAGGCCUAUGCCUGUGGCCUUUGACGACAAUGAUGCGCUGAUCUUGGAUAUUGCUCCAGGCAUUGCGCAACAAAAGAUGCCAAGUGUGGUCUUCACGGAGCCUUUAGUGUUCGACGUCCGUUGUUUCUCGUUUGAUAAGGAGGGAAACACUGGCUUCUGGCAGCCAAGGUUUCCCCAGGUAUCCAAGGUUCACUUUGACAGAUCCUUCAUCGACACCAUCUCUUUUUCGGAGCUACAGAAGGUAGCUGAGGACGCUACAACCACACCACCAAUGGAGGACAGCCAGGAGAUGCUUGGCUGGAUCGCUACGCUGGAAGGCGCAGACCCACGCGGCAUUCCUGUCGACGCUAUCAGCCAGUCGACGACUACCUCUCUCAUGGCAACUUCCCGCACGUCCUCCGUUCGACCAUCAACUUCGCCAGCUCCUCGCGCGGAAAGUCCACUGAUCAAUCGCCGAUCCCUCCCAGCCUUGCUGGAGGUGGCAGAGCCUGCUGUCGUCACUCCACCGACGUCUUCUGCUCCUGAAAGCAUUGCAGGCAAGACUACCAAGCCAGCUGCCCACAUCGUUACUGCCGAGACGUCGUCCAAAGCCAAUAAGCGGGCGCAAGAAAACCAUCAUUCUGUUGCCCGCGAGAACAAGCGAUCGAGGGUUUGUUCAGACCCUUGCUUGGCCAAGCAAAAACCUGCUCUUCAGCAAAGUCGCCUGCCACUCGGAGAAGUGAGCGCCAACCGAACCGCUCCCUCACCUCGGGCUUCUCAACAGGCGGCAUUCCCAAAGCCCGUUGAAGCAGCUGCGAUGCCUCCGAACCCGACGCCGCCUUCGUCUGGCGGUGCCCAAGCCCCAGCCGCAGAGAAUGCAGCCCCUCAGGCACAUAGCUCGAACGAACGAACCGAAAUGCCGCCUCCGCCCCAGCCGUCUCCUACCACCACGGCAUGCGAAUAUGCAGGCAGCCACUGUCUCCUCGCAGAAAAGCGCAUCGCCCUCCUCUCUCCCUGUAUCGCCCACCAACCGUGGGUCGCCGAAAACCUGCUUCCGUCCCACGGCAUCCACGAAUGGACCGCAGAUCUCAACCAUUGGAGCAGCAUCCCGGCGUGCUCACAGUCAAAGAAGAACCGCACCCGCAAGAUCUGCUUCGUCGAGCAUAAUCGCAAGGAAGCCACCAGAGAAUUCAUGAAACGGGCGGAGGACAGCCCGCAAUACUUUCCCAGCGGGAAGCGCGAGUGGGUUGAGGUGUACGAUUGGCGCUUAUUGGAGGAUGUUACUGCAUUGGAGAGAGUGCUCAGGGGAUCAAAGGCGCUGUCUGAUCAACCUCCUGACCCGAAGCGCAAGUGGUUCGUCGGACUGGUCUAG